AUGGGGAAAGGCACCGAUAAGCUCUAUAUCACUCAUUCAGAAUGGGCUUCAGAGGAUGCAUUCUCUGCCAAUGUCGGCGCUGGUGCUGCACGACAGAAGACCGGCGGCCCCCACGCGUCUUUUAAACGAUUACCGUUCAACUUUUGCUCGUUAUCACUCCAGCCCUUUUCUCACCCCGUGUGCACCUCGGAUGGAAUCAUAUUCGACCUGACACACAUUCUGCCCUGGAUUAAAAAGAACGGGACCAACCCUGUGAAUGGCGCUCCUAUGAAGAACUCGGACCUGAUCAAGCUCCAUUUCGCAAAGAACGACUCGGAUGAAUAUGUUGACCCUGUCACAUAUAAAGUGUUCACAGAUAACACGCAUAUAGUCGCGCUUGGGAAUACGGGGAAUGUCUUUGCCUGGGAUACCGUGCAAAAGCUCAACAUCAAGCCUAAAAUGUGGCGGGACCUGGUAAAUGAUGAAGAGUUCGGUAGGAAGGAUAUAAUCACAUUACAGGAUCCGCAUAAUGUGAAUUCCCGAGACCUUAGUACCUUCAAAUACCUAAAAGACGGGGAAAGGAAUACCACAAGCGGGAAAGACGACCAGAGCAUCAACCUUAAUGCAAUGGGCAGCUCCGCAAAGAUCCUGCGAGCGAAAGAGGCCGUGGCUAAGGCGCGGGCCGAGAGAGAGCAAAAGGCAGCAUCAGCCAAUGCGUUAAGCCAGAAACAAAAAGAUGUUUCAGCCGUCAAGAAGAAUGCGACCACUAACCAAGGCGGUAAACCUGUGCCAUUUAACGCAGCAAGACAUACUACCGGUUUAGCCGCUGCGUCCUUUACUAGCACAGGUCUAACACCACAUACCGCUGCCGACUUGUCAAUAAUGUCAGACGAAGAAUACAUGCUGAAACGUGGGCGAGUAAAGAUAAAGGGCUAUGCUCGGAUAGUUACCAAUCUGGGUGAUCUUAACAUUGAACUACACACGGAACAUGCACCAAAAGCCGUGUGGAAUUUCAUUCAACUAGCUAAAAAGGGUUACUACAAGGGUGUCACUUUUCACCGGAAUAUCAAAGGCUUUAUGAUUCAGGGCGGUGAUCCAACUGGUACUGGCAGAGGAGGGGAAAGUAUCUGGGGCAAAAGUUUCGCAGAUGAGGUUAUUGGACCCCUUAAGCAUGAUGCUAGAGGGACUCUGAGCAUGGCCAAUAAAGGAAAAGAUACCAACAGUAGUCAGUUUUUUUUCGCGUAUCGUGCGGUCCCCCAUCUGAACGGGAAACACACUAUCUUCGGCCAUCUGAUUGACGACCCUUCUCCGUCUUCACCGACUCUAGAUGCAAUGGAAGUGGCUCCUGUGGACUCUAGCACAAAUAGACCUACUCCCGCCAUUACCAUCCAUGAUGUGGUGGUAUUUGUGGAUCCUUUUGAAGAAUUCCUGAAUAAGAAACGGGAAGAGGAAAAUGCUCAGCAAUCAGUCUCUGGAGCUGGUGGCGAUAUUAAAGAUAAAGGGGACGAUGACCAUGUUACAUGGACUGGCAAAAGAUUACGUGGAUAUGGCUCAAAUGAGAGUGUUGGUGCUUCUGGGAAUGCGUCUGGGGUCGGCAAAUAUCUGAAGUCAGCAGCUGCAGCCUCAAGGGGAAAUGAGGAUGAGAUCGUUGAAUUUGUUGACGAAGAUGAACCCGAGUCAGAACAUGCACGUAAGAAAGUCAAGAACUCGGGGCGCGGAGGCUUCGGGAAUUUCGAUUCAUGGUGA